AUGCCCUCGAGCUCGGCCUCGACCGCGUCGACCUCGAGCGUCCGCCUCGAAGACCACCCUGCCCUCCUCCCCGCCUCGCCUGCGCCCACCUUGUCUCCCCCACUCGCCGAGCACGACCAGCACCCGCGCAAGCGCAGGCGCAUCCCCCAGGACCGUGACUCGCUCAGCUAUGCCCUCAAGUCUGGCCUCGCAGGCGGCAUCGCCGGCUGCGUCGCCAAGACCUCGGUCGCACCGCUCGACCGAGUAAAGAUCCUGUUCCAGACCCGCAGCCCGGACUACCACAAGUACGCCGGCACCUUUCUCGGCGUAUUUCGAGCGAGCAAGGACAUCUACGCCGAGACGGGCAUGCGCGGCUUGCUCCAGGGCCACUCGGCGACCCUCCUGCGCAUCUUUCCCUACGCCGCCAUCAAGUUUAUGGCCUACGACAAGCUCCACAACACGCUCAUGCCCACGCCCGCCGACGAGACGUCGGCUCGACGGUUCCUCGCCGGCUCGACCGCCGGCAUCAUCACGACCGCCGUCACCUACCCUCUCGAACUCAUCCGAGUCCGACUCGCGUUCGAGUCGCACCACUCGGCAAAAGACCGCGCGUCGCUCCUGCGCACGAUCCGCGCCAUCUACCUGUCGCCGCCGCCCGUCGCACCCUCUUCCUCCUCUACCGCGGCACCCGCACCGCCACCGCCGCCGCCCACGUCGACGACGAUCAAGCCUUCGAUGACGCACUUCUACCGCGGCGUGUGGCCGACGCUCGUCGGCAUCGUCCCGUACGCCGGCACGUCGUUCCUCAUGUGGGGGUUCCUCAAGCAGGACCUCAUGCCGCGGUACCUGUCGCCGUCAUUCCGGCGCCGGAACCGCGCCAUGCUCGACCUGCUCGCCGGCGGCGUCGCGGGCGCCAUCGGCCAGACGACGGCGUACCCGCUCGACAUUGUCCGGCGCCGCAUGCAGGUCGGCCCCGUCAUCCACGCCGACCCGCUCCGGGGCCGCGCAGGCUUCUGGGACACGGCUCGGUCCGUGUACGCCCAGGGCGGCGUGCGCAACUUUUACGUCGGCCUCAGCAUCGGGUUCCUCAAGGUCGUCCCGAUGAACGCCGUCUCGUUCGCCGUCUGGGUCUCGCUCAAACGUGGGCUCGGGCUCGACGAGCCGAGGGACCAGGAGGGGGUCGAGGCGCAGCGAGACGAGCCGCAGAAGCAGGUCUGA